UUUAAGAGAAACAAAAUCUCUCUUUUUAGCUAUCUGCCUUAUAGUCCAGAUUUAGCACCUAUUAAAAACGUCUGGAGUCUAUUAAAAGAUAGACUAGAUAACAGAAUAGCUACUAGUUUAGGGGUAGGAGCUAGUAAGGCUAGUGUAGAGGCCUUUAUAAGGGCUAUACACAAAGAGUAG